AUGCGCAUGCAAGUUCCGAAUGCCAGUUUGGAAACACAACAAGUUCCAUCCUUGCCGGUACUUGAUGUGGUACAAAAAUAUGAAUGGAUUGAGAAAAGACUGAACAAUUACUGUAAAACUAUUAUUAUAUCCAGGAACCAAGGAAAUCAGAGUGCUGGAGCCACCUUCAUCCUCUUGGGCUUCUCAGAAUACCCGGACCUCCAGGUGCCCCUCUUCAUGGUCUUCCUGAUCAUCUACACGGUCACUGUGCUGGGGAACCUGGGCAUGAUCGUGAUCAUCAGGAUAAACCCCAAUCUCCACAACCCCAUGUACUUUUUCCUCAGCCACUUGUCCUUUGUUGAUUUCUGUUAUUCUUCUGUCAUCACACCCAAACUGUUAGAGAACUUGGUUGUGGAAGACAGAAACAUCUCCUUCACAGGCUGCAUCAUGCAGUUCUUCUUGGCUUGCAUAUUUGUGGUGGCAGAAACAUUCAUGUUGGCAGUGAUGGCCUAUGAUCGAUUCGUGGCAGUAUGUAACCCCUUGGUCUAUCAUAUUGCUAUGUCUCCAAAGGUUUGUUUCUUAUUGGUGGCUGCCUCAUACUCUUGGAGUAUAUUCUGUUCCUUGACAUUGACCUACUUUCUAUUGACAUUAUACUUUUGUGGGACUAACUUCAUAAAUAACUUUGUCUGUGAGCAUGCUGCCAUUGUUUCUGUGUCUUGCUCUGACCCCUACAUUAGUCAAAAGAUCAUUUUAGUGUCUGCCACAUUCAAUGAAAUAAGCAGCCUCAUGAUCAUUCUUACUUCCUAUGUUUUCAUAUUUAUCACUGUCAUGAAGAUGUCUUCCAGGAGAGGGCGCCAAAAAGCUUUCUCCACCUGUGCCUCUCACCUGACUGCCAUUACCAUCUUCCAUGGAACCAUCCUUUUCCUCUACUGUGUCCCAAACUCCAAAGGCUCAUGGCUCAUGAUCAAGGUGGGCUCUGUGUUUUACACAGUGGUCAUCCCCAUGCUGAACCCUCUGAUCUACAGCCUCAGGAACAAAGAUGUGAAGAACACAGUCAGGAAGCUAAUCAAUACUAAUUUAUUUGGUUUUAAAGUCUAA